UCACCGUCUGGGAAACCGGGGUCCGGUAUAAAACCCGCCGCCAGAAGGAGUUAGGUCAGUUCACUUGGAGGUCUAAGAAACUUGAUGCGCGCCUCGGCCGUUUGUUGUUGGAUCGAAAAGGGGACUGAUUUGCGUGACGGUGAUGCGCGUAAUCCGAAAGAGAUAAAGUUUUACCACAGAGGCGUAGGGAAUUUCUGAUUCAAAAAAACAAGAAAAGAAAAGAAAAGAAAAGAAAAAACUUUUGGUUGCGGGUUGCUUUGGUACAAAAAGGCGAACUCUUUCUGGUUUUGAACUCAGCUGGAUAUGGCAGAGGGAGACUUCUACACUAUGGGAAGCCGGCAGAGGUUUCCCAGGGAUCCGUUUGGAGAGUCGCCGUUCAGGGACCAGUCUCCGUUCAGGGAUCAGCUCGCGUCUCGGUUUAUGGACGAUGACUUUGGGAUGCCGCCGUUCCCCGACGACCUGUCGAUGGACUGGACGGGCUGGGCUCGGCCGGGCCGGCUAAGCACGCGCCUCAGUUCCUCGCCCUUCGGCGGCAGCUUACGCUCAGGCUUCCCCCAGCGCCAGUCCACGGGAGGCCCCGCGCUGUACACCAGCAGGUACGGGGGGGAGCCCUCCUCCCGGAGCUCCCCCACCACCACCGGGGGGGAGCCCUGGAAAGUUUGCGUGAACGUCCACAGCUUCAAACCAGAGGAAUUACACGUCAAAACGAGAGACGGGUUUGUAGAAGUGUCAGGGAAACAUGAAGAGAAGCAGGAAGAAGGAGGCAUAGUGACAAAGAAUUUCACAAAGAAGAUACAGAUCCCAGUGGAUGUGGACCCUCUGACAGUCUUCGCCUCUCUGUCCCCUGAGGGCGUCCUCAUCAUCGAAGCUCGGCAGACGCCUCCAUAUUACCUCUUCAGCAACGAGGGCUCGCCGGCUGGCGAAACGCAGGAGGUGGAGGUCCCCAAGCCCCAAGAGGCACCCAUGGUCUAAACCCCAGCCAUCUGACUAACAUGACAGAUCACCCUGCACAAUCAAUUACAAGUUUGAAAAGAUAUUUGUGGCCUUCAGCUUCAUGUUGUUACAAACCUGGAAAUAAAAUGUGCAAGAUAUACUAGGAGAUUGGUAAGUCCAGUUGUUCAUGUUAAGGCUGCACCAGGCAGGACUUUUAUGUAGAAAAUAUAUAUAUUUUUACAAGCCUUAACAAUGAAGAGCCUCAUCUUCCCACUAAUGGAGAUACCACAGAUUUUUCCCAAGUAUUACCGAAUGAUUCACUUUUCAUUUGCUUCUCUACCGGGCCGCAGCUAACAGUUAUUUUCAUUAUUGGCUAAUCUCCUGAAUAUUUUCUCAAUUAUGUGUGUUUGUCCUUAAACCAUCAGAAAAUUGUAAAAACUACAGUCACUUUUUCCCAAAGCCCAAGGUGGAGGUGUCUUCAGUUACCUCAUCUUGUUUGACCAGAAGACUGAAACUAAGAUUCACAAAAGAGAAAAUGGAACCAGUUGAUUUUUUCUUUCUUUUUUUUUUGAUUUUUUUUUUUUUGUGGCAUUUUUGUUUAAGAAAAUGACU